AUGAAAUGUUUCUGUUUCUAUUUACUGGCUAUUUUGCCAUUUGUAACAACAGUUAAUUCAUUCUCAAACUAUCAAGGAGAUAGUUAUGGAAGUAGUGGUGAUAAUGGAGAUCAUUACAACACCGGUUAUGACUCGAAUAGUGGUGAUAUCUAUGGUAAAGAUAACAUUGGCAAAGUAAACAUUGUUGGGAAGUUUUUUGCAGUCGGUAGAGCUGAUAAAGGAUCAAAAUAUCAACAAGUUACCUCUUUCCAUAAAAGCGGUAGAAAUAAACGAAAGUUUUCAAACUAUGAAACAAAAGGCAGAGUACACAGUUACGGAAAACAAAAUAUAAGGGCUAAAUUCGGUAUUGAAAGUCGAAUAAAGAAAAAUGGAAAAUUUAAGGGUGCUGGAAAACUCAAUGGUUUUUAUAGUGAUAGCUAUUUACCAGCCGAAUAUGGAACAACACCAGCUGAGAGCCUUCUACAGGCAGGUGACUCAUCGUACUCACCAACAGCUUAUGAUUACUAUUAUGGAGAGAAUGGAGAAGAACAAAAUCCAGCUGGAAAUGGGCCAUAUAAUAGCGGUUCAUCCUACUCACCACCAAAUAUUAACUACAAUAAUGGAGGAAACGAGGAAACCCCAGAUGAUAAUAAGCCAUCCAAUGGUGAUUCAUCCUACUCAUCACCAGAUUAUGAUUACAGUAGUGGAACGUAUGAAGCACAAGGUGGAUCAUCCAACGGUGACUCUUAUACAGAACACUAG